UUCCUGCUUUGGGGCGAAGAGAGUUUCCCACCUCAGCGCAGCACGCCUGAUUCUGCGGCACAUGAGUUUGGUGAAAUGAAACAAGCCCACAACUCUUGCUCUUUGCCUCGGUGGUGGUGGUGAUAACAUGCUGCAUGUAGCCCAGAGAUAUAACAUUUCCAGAAAUGCUGCGGCCAUGGAACCUUUUCCACAAAAAGAAAAACAAAAAGGGAAGCAGGGCUACAGAUGCUAAGUGCAGCCCUCCUCUCAAAAGAAAGGAUGAACCCGGGAAAUCGGAGGUUAUUUCAGGCACAUCUGAAUUCAUCACCACACAUAAAAUACAGCACAGCCUGCAGAAAGACAAGCUUGAAACACAGAAAAUGGAAACAACAGAAUCAGAGGGAUAUGCGAGUGAAGAUGAAGGCGUAGCCAAGAGACUGUCUACCCUGCCCAGAGGGGCGUCACUUGUCAGUGAUGAAGAGUUGGCUGAAAUGUCACAGAUCAAGAUAUUGCAACGGAGAAGCGGUUCAAACUGUAACACUGAAAAUCUAAUCCAGAAGCUUCAAAAGCAGAUCGAAGAGGAAGAGAUUCUGAAGGAAUAUGUGAGCUUAGAGCACAUGAAGCCAACCGAUGACUGCCAGAUUGCUGCAGCAGCAGAAAACCGGGAAAAGAACAGAUACCGAGAUAUCCUCCCAUACGACAAAACGCGGGUUCCCCUCGGAGAGGUCGAAGGCUACAUCAAUGCCAGCUACAUCCGCGUGCCAGUGGGCAAGGAAGAGUUUUUCUACAUCUCCACCCAGGGGCCUCUGCCUUCCACCGUGAACGACUUCUGGCAAAUGGUCUGGGAAAACCAAUCCAAUGUCAUUGCCAUGAUAACAAGAGAAACGGAGCGAGGAACAUCCAAAUGCCACCGCUACUGGCCUGAACCCCCGCAGGACACUCUACUGGAUUUGAGUCAGUUCCAACUGCGAAUGAGUAACUACCAGAUCCUAGAUUGCUUCAUCAUUAGAGUGAUAGAAGUUACAAAGAAACAGACCCUUGAGAUGCGCUCCGUACAUCACCUCCAGUUUACAUCCUGGCCAGACCACGGCACUCCCACGUCAUCAAAAGAUCUUGUCAAAUUUGUCCGAUACAUGAGAAAAAUCCACCAGUCAGGCCCCAUCAUCGCUCACUGCAGUGCCGGGAUUGGAAGGAGCGGAGUGCUGCUUUGUGUGGAUAUUCUGUUGAGCUACAUCGAAAAAGAUAUGCCUUUUGACAUCAAGCAGAUAGUAACGAAUUUGCGGCAACAGCGCUGUGGCAUGAUUCAAACCAAGGAGCAGUAUAUGUUUUGCUACGAACUAGCUCUUGAAGUUUUGAAGAACAUCCAGAGCACGAAUUCCUAUGCAGCGCAGUAAGCAAAGCCACGUUGCCAGCACCUGUCUCAGAUCCGCCUUGUUGCUUGAAACUCUUUCCAUCGAGAUGGCCAUGAGAGGUGCUGCUGUACAAGUGGGGGAUUUUUUUUUUUCCUGUUUCAGUGCUUGACAAACAUGGAUUUCUAAAGCUUUAUGCAGGCAAAGUUGACACAGUGGGUGUAGACAAAUGUCUGGUAACUAGCCAUAAAAAAUCUGCUUGCAACUGAA